GGAAGUGGCUGCCGCCUUGGCUCGUUCGUCAGUCAGCCACACCGCGAUUGAAGACUGCCGGAGAGAAGGCUUCUCUAAGCCCGAUACCGUCGUUUAACAGCUGGGCACUUUGUGACCCUACCCUCACUGCCACCGAGAGGCCGGAAGAGUAGUUCUUUUUGUUCAACUUUCGUUACGUUCAUUGUCAAUGUGUUUUGGUCGGUGAACCACAAGCUUGCCGCACGACGCAAGUACUCGGGGGCAAUGCCUUCGGAGAAGGAAAAGCGCGGGGGCGAGGAAGAAGCUGGGCAGGACCAAGGGCAAAUGGCCAGACAAGGAGCAGAAAGUGAGGGCAGUCCGAAAAGCCAGAGCGAGAAGCAAGGGAAACACAUAUUCAGCCAAUUCUUCGCCUUCUUCCGACUCCUAUUCGCCGCCGAGCCCACCUGGGUUGACAUUGCUCUCAUCAUCUUUGGAACGAUAUGUGCCGUGGGAGCCGGCGUGCCAUUUCCUUUGAUUGGAGUGCUCUUCGGUCAGCUGGUAGACAACUUUAACAGCGCGACGUGCGCCGCCGAAAAUGGCUCCGGCCAAGAUCCCUUCCGUUACGAGUCGUCCAUCAACGACAAGGUCAUCAAAACCGCAUGGAUUGGCGCCAUUGCGUUCGUUCUCAUCUACUGCUACCUCACCGCUUGGAGCAUCGUCAGCCAGCGGCUCGCCCAGCGUCUACGCAAUCACUAUGUCGCCGCACUGCUGCGGCAGCCGCCUUCGUUCUUCGACACUCGUGGAUCGGCAGGGCAGGUCUCGAGCAGGCUGCAAAGCGACAUCGCAGCCGUGCAGUCAGGCACAUCCGAAAAGGUCGGCGCCAUUGUUUCCACCUUGAGCUUCAUGACCACGGUGUUUGUCAUUGCCUUCUCGCAACAGCCACGGCUGGCGGGUAUCCUGAUAUCCGUGAUGCCGGCGUUUCUUCUCUCCGGCGCCAUUGGCAGCAGGUACACGGCAAAGUUCGCAGAAAGGCAUAGCGAAGCAGUUGCAUCUGCCUCAUCGAUUGCGUCAGAGGCGCUAUCGCACAUACCCGUGGUUCAGGCAUUCGGCGCCGCUUCUCGACUCGAGGACAUGUUCGUUGGGCAUAUGUCUGUCGCACACAAGCACGCCAUUGCCAAGGCCAUCAUUGCCUCGGUGCAGACAGGCUUGAUCUACUUCUUCGCAUAUAGCGCAAACGCCCUGGCCUUUUGGCAAGGCAGUAUCAAAAUCGCCGAGGCAGCCAGAGACAACAGUGAGGGAUCAUCCAUUGGCCAGAUCUACGCCAUUGUGUAUCUUCUAAUCGACGCCUGCGUUAUGCUGGGGGGGAUAGCACCAAUGCUCCCAUUCAUCGGCGGCGCAGUCUCCGCGUAUCAGCGUCUCAUCAGAGACAUCAAAGAGCCAUCUGCUAUCGACGGCACUUCGGAUGCCGGCCUGGCUCUGCCAUCAGACACACCAAAGAGCAUCACGUUUCGCAAUGUCACGUUCGAGUACCCAACGCGGCCAGGGCAACCCGCCCUGCGAAACAUCAACCUUGAGUUCCCGGCUGGCAAGUACACCGCAAUUGUUGGCCUUUCAGGUAGCGGCAAGUCGACAAUCGCUUCCUUGAUCGCUCGAUUACAUGAUCCUACGGACGGAUGCAUCGAGAUGAAUGGGCAAGACAUUAGAAAUCUCAAUGUGCGCACGCUGAGAAGCUGCAUGACCUUUGUACAGCAGGAGCCUUCCCUGUUUAACUGUUCUAUACUGGAGAACAUUGCCCUGGGACUUGUCAACUCGCCCCAUGAGCGUCAUCGGCACCUCAAGCCCUUUCUUGGUGGCCCGUUACUGGCCCAAGCAGCCGCAAAAGGAAGGGAUGCAAUGUCCUGGGCAGAAGCUCAAGGGGGCGGCUUGGCUGAGAUUGCCGAUUGCGUACGAAAGGCAGCGGAACAAGCCGACGCUGCCGAGUUCAUCGAUCGUCUAAGCGCUGGAUAUGGAACCUCUGUCGGUCCCAAAGGCACCUCGGUCAGUGGCGGCCAGCGUCAACGCAUUGCGCUUGCGCAGGCUCUAAUUCGGGACGCCGAGGUGCUCAUUCUUGACGAGGCUACUGCCAGCGUCGAUUCUGCGAGCGAGCGUCGCAUGCAGGACGCCAUUGCGCGCGUGGCUGCCUCUCGCAAACAAGCAAUCAUCUCCAUCGCCCACCGACUUGCCACGAUCCGCGAGGCCGACAACAUUAUCGUCAUGGAAGGCGGGGAGGUCAUGGAACAAGGAACUUAUUCUGAACUUAUGGCCAGGGAGGAUGGAAAAUUUGCAGCGUUGGCAAGAUUGCAGAAGGUGAACGCGAGUGGUGGCGACCCAGAAGAAACCGAAUGCCUCUCAAGCACCUCUGUGGACGAUUUAGGCAAAAAAGGUGAUGGCGACUUGUUCGACCGCGAUACUACAAACAAGAAGCCGCAAUCCACUUCACACGAGAAGUCGGAGUCUAGUGGAAAUGAUGACGGUGACGAAGUCGGCAGCAAGAACGUUACUCAAAGGCCGUUCAGCAGCGUCUUGAAAGGCAUCCUCUGGCUCAUCAGACCCUCCCUGGGGUGGCUCGUCCUCGCUCUUUUCGCCGCCGUCUUCGUUGGGGCUGUGUUUACGGGCUCUGGAAUGAUCUUUGGCUACACGGUUGGGGCCUUGAACCCGUGUCAGAGCACCGUCGAGCGUAUCUUGUCCAUGGGUCGCUUCUUCGGUGGGCUCAUCUUCAUGCUUGGCGCAAUCGAGUUGUUUGCAAACUUCUUUGCCUGGUUGGGAUUCGGCAUCAUCGGCGAGAGGAUUCUGUUUGCUCUGCGCACAUUAUCGUUUCGGUCGCUCUUGGAACAGUCUCUCGAUUGGCACACUUCACUGGGUCGCACUCCCUCUGCCUUGCUGUCAAUCAUCACCAAGGACUGCAUGGCUAUUGGAAGCUUCAGCGGCUCUACAUUCGGAACUAUAUUCGCGAUCGGCGUCAACAUCAUCAUCGGCGUCAUCAUCUCUCACAUCUACGCCUGGAAGAUCGCUCUCGUCGCUCUGGUCUCCAUCCCGAUCCUUCUCGGAUCUGGCUUCAUGCAAUUGCGCAUGUUGGCCCGCUUCGAAGAGAGACACAAGGAGUCGUUUGCAAAGGCUAAUUCGUUGGCAUCUGAAGCCAUUCAAUCUAUCCGCAGCGUGGCGACACUCUCCCUCGAGACCACCUAUAUGGAGUCGUACAAGCGGUUGCUGGCGCCGCCCAUGAACCAGGUCGUCCGGUCAGCAGCCACAACCAACAUCCUGCUGUCGAUUUCUCACACGACUUCUCCAUUCGUCAACGGUUUGACGUAUUGGUGGGGAUCCCAGCUCAUCAUGAAGGGCGAAUACACACAGCGAGACCUUCUCAUCGUCUUAGUCGCCAUGCUCACAGGCGCGAAGCUCUGGAGCACCAUGUUUACCCUCGCCCCAGAAUUUUCCAGGGCUCGUCUCGCCAUAGCUCGCGUCAUGGAGAUUGUCCACAUAGGAUCUACCGUUCGCGUUAAGGGCAUCUGCACUGACGGGACGGACGUCGAGUCUGCUGCGAAACCUAGGCCAGACCCGCCCUUCGCCACUGCCAAGGGAGGCGUCAAGGUCACGUUUAACGACGUUUCAUUCGCAUACCCCAGGACUCCUGAGACACCGGUUCUUGAUAAGGUCUCCUUUACCAUUCAGCCCAACCAAUUUUGUGGCCUAGUCGGCCCCUCCGGAGCCGGCAAAAGCACUAUCAUGAAUCUCGUUCAAAGGCUAUACGCACCUACGUCGGGAUCUAUUCUCAUAGACAAUCAGGACAUCUCAAGGCUGCCAGACUCUUUCCGCGACAUUGUCGCAUUAGUACCUCAGGAUCCCACCCUCUUUGACGGAACCGUGCGACACAAUGUUGCUCUGGGUGCGGUUCCUGGGCACGACGCUUCAGAUGAGGAGAUCGAGGCGGCCUGUCGCGCCGCUGGGAUCCACGACGAAAUUGUCGCUCUUCCGCAAGGAUACGAUACGCCCUGUGGCGCGUCGGCAUCACGUCUAUCCGGAGGUCAGAAACAGCGACUUGCCAUUGCCCGUGCCCUGGUCCGUCGACCGCGACUGUUGCUCAUGGACGAAAGUACCAGCGCUCUGGAUGCGGCAGGCGAGGCGGCUCUUCAAAAAAGUCUUGAAAGUGCUUCUGCAGGGACCACGGUACUGGCAAUCACGCACAGACUGCAUACCGUGCAUAAGGCAAACGUGAUUCUCGUGGUGGAAGGGGGCUGCAUUGUCGAUAGUGGUCGGCACGCGGAGCUGAUGGAGAAAAAUGAGAGCUACAGGCUGAACGCGACGCAGCAAAUGUUGCAAUAGGAACUUUCGAAUAUAAAUUUGUUUACAUGCCA